UGGUAGCGUAUCAGUCGCGAGCAUCAGCUGAUGAUUGAACAGUUUGAACUGGCUUUUCUUUCUUGGUAAUCGGUAUCUUGCUUUCUACUACAUGCACAUCACCUGAAAUAAGACAUAACACCCACUGGUUGUAUACUUCUCUUUGGUAUAUAUUUUUUUCGGACGUCAUUUAUUUGACAGGACGCGCUCCGGGAAGGAUGGCUGCCAUCAAGGCGCUUCAACAGUGGUGCAAACUUCAGUGCAAUGGGUACCGAGAUGUGGCUAUCAUCAACAUGACAACUUCUUUUAGGGACGGGUUGGCGUUCUGUGCGCUUAUCCAUAAAUACAGACCGGACCUAAUAGACUACGACUCCUUGAAUAAAGAGGAUAUUUUUGACAACAACAACUUGGCUUUCCGGGUUGCAGAGGACAAGCUGGGGAUCGCUGCUCUGCUGGAUGCAGAGGACAUGGUGGCCCUGAGGAUCCCAGACCGACUGAGCGUCCUCACCUACGUCUCCCAGUACUACAACUACUUCCACGGACGCAACCCUAUUGGAGGGGUGGGUGCUGUGAAAAGACCAGCAGAGGGCUCCAAGGAGGAGCCAUGUGGAAAGAAGAAUUUCCCAGUGGUGGCCAAAAACAUGGUGUAUAAAAUGGCCAUAGAGAAUCGUCCACCUCCUUCUUCUCUCAUGGUGAAAACCUCCCCCAAAGCAACCAGAGCUACUGUUCAGAAGACUGAUGUAUUGGUGGAGAGCUCCAAUAAGACGGGCGCUCUCAGCAGUAAAUGUGUUGUGUGCAAAUGCCACGUUCAUCUGGUCCAACGGCACUUCAUCGAUGGGAAGCUUUAUCACAGGAGCUGCUUCAAGUGCAGUGAAUGCUCCAACGUCCUCCUGGCUGGGGCCUAUAAACCAGGGAAGGAGCCAGGUUGCUUCAUCUGUAAUGACCACCAGAACACCAAGAAUGACUACAACAAGCCUCCCUCUGGGCUUGUCAUCCAGACCGGAUGCCCAAGUGCCAACGUUGAAUCCAAAAGUGACACCAGCAGAGUCCAGUCUGUGUCCCGCCCCACCUCUGUGCCUUUGACUCCCAUCAAGGGUGUCUUGAAGCCCGUGGAGACCACCACCCCAGCUCCCCAACCCUGGACCAGCUCAGCCCAGAGAACCCAGGCAGCACGGCAGAGGUUCUUCCAGUCAUCUUCCUCCACCCCAGAGGUCCCCUCCAGCAGCCAGAAGCCCUCCGUACUGCGAAGUGUGCCCCUGAGUCCUGAGGAAGAGAAGAACCGAGCCAGGGCCGUCAUUACCAAGAAACUAGUUGAGGCGAACUGCAACAACAAUAACACCAGAUACUUUGUUAUCCGACCAGCAGAAAGGAGGUUUGAAGAUAUGGUAAGCUCAGAUGACCUCCCCAGCUGGAAGCAGGCUGAAUGUGGGCCAGGCACAGCAGGACAACAAAGCCACAAAGCCGUCAACAAAGCCAGAGCCAGACCAACAACCGUAUCCUCCACCAUCAAAGCCUGCGGAUUCAUCCUGCCUCGCCCUGCUCUGUUAUGGCUGACUGGCUCAAAUUGCAGCCACUCUCCUCCCCCAUCCUCACAAGUCCCAAGGAGUGCUAUGGCUGAAAUGAACCCUAGUGCACCACUAACUAGUUUCCCAGAAUUCCCCCUGAUGACCCCCUCCACUGUUUUCUCACCUCCAUUAUUUCUAAAUAUAAGAACCUCUGACUCUGAAAACCAAGCGAUCAUUGUUGAGCAACCCAAACCUGAAGCCAUCUUGAAGUCUCUUGCUACUAGUAUCGUCGUCAACAUCCGCUCUACCUCUCCUCCGAUUCCCCCACCGGCCUUCAACCCUCCUCCACCUGGCCCGGUGUCUCACAGAGCUCCGUCUCCCAAGCAGCCCCAUUGCGGCUCUGGAGACUUGGGUAGUAAAAAUGGGAAUUAUUCUACUCCUCUGUUGUCCACUCCUCCCCUGGUUCCUGUCUGGCACAGGGUUCCCACUCCAAAUAAGCCUCACCACAGCUUUGCAGGAUCGGGCUCAACGGAUGGCAAUUCUCCCCCUAUAUCUCCUAAACAGCUUCGCCAGAGCUCCACAGGCACCAAAAAUGGAAAAUAUUUGUCACCCACAAACACCUCCCAGUCUGAAAUGAGGUCACCCUCUUCCCAUCAUAUCCCCAUGGACCAGAUAGUGAAGGAGCUGCGUGAUAUUGAAGACAUCCUGGGUGACUUGGAGAGGAAGGGAGUGGAGAUGGAGAAGAGGCUUCGCAGCUGUGAGGAAGAGGGCAAGGGGGACAUUUUGAUGGACCCUCUGAUGGUUGACUGGUUCAACCUGAUCCAAAAGAAGCAGACAUGCAUUAGGAGGGAGUCGGAGCUUGUGUACAUAGCUAAGACUCAAGACCUGGAGGAGCAGCAGCCUGGGGUGGAGGGUGAGCUGCGCAGACUGAUGGAGAAACCAGAUCAUCUGAAGUCGACAGAGGAGCUUCGGCGAGAGAGCAGUCUGAUGGAGAGGCUGAUGGAGAUUGUGAACGGUAGAAACGCCAUUAUAGAAGGACUGGAUGAAGACAGGCUCAGGGAAGAUGAAGAGGAUCAGCAGUUGAAUGAAAUGAUGCAGACUCUUGGACUUAAAAAAUCCAAAAUCAAGAGGAAGUCCUUCAAAAUGCUGUUCAGACGAAAAAGUAGUAAAAAGGUCGCCGUGUUUUGAUUGUUCUACCCUGCUCUGGGGGGUGUAUGCGUUUCCCAAUGUGUCUGGAUUGUAUUUAAAUAGGGUUUAUAUUUUCAAGUGCGUGUGUACACCAACUUGUGUUCAUGCUGGUAUUGGAGUUGUGCUAAUAAGUAACAAGAUUGUCUGUUGCUCAUCCUGAAAGAUCUGAAGGUCAAAGACCAACUUUUUUUCAGGAACUUAUCAGAUCAAGUUGGGGUUUCGUCGCAAAGGUUUAUUUAGAAGUGCUUUUUGUUUGAGAAGAUUCCAGGCUUUCACUCUUCAUUUAGUGUUCAGUUGUUCUUGAGAUGGGUCUCAUGACACUUGACGGAUCAUAAUGUGCUGUUUUUGUCCCUUGUAAGGUGUGGUGUAUAUCUAAGAUCACAAUUUAUUAGCUCAUGGUUUGCUUAACUUUGUAACUUUUUCCCCCCCACACAUCUAGUUUGGGAUUGUUGUGAAGAGGUGUUCAAGAGUCACUGUUAGAAUGAGUCAAAUGCAAAAUGAUGUAACUGGUGUUGUUGCACCGGAUAAUGGUGAAGUAGAAUCCAUAUCACUGUGAUUUAAGAAGUUAGUAUCAAAAGAAGAGUGCCUUUAUGGGUGAUGUUUUUAGCUCCAGUAUGUCUAUUUUAAUACCAAUGUAUUUUAUUAUGCUUCCAAAAAGUAUGUUAUUACAAACCGUAACAUUUUGAGUGGAAUCUGUCUAGACCAGUGAAGUGGUGAGCAGCGUGUUCUACACUGCCACAAUUAAAGGCUGUAUUUCUCCUGUCGUGCUGUAGGUGGCACCAUGGUUUUACCUUAUAGAAACCAGUCAGGAACCUGAAUCCAAUUCGCCACAGUACAGACAGUUAAUUUCUUUGCUAAUUUUAUAAAUGCUGCAAAAAGUUCCAACUCUGCUGAUGCAAUAACAUUGUGAAAGCUUACGUAGAGCAGUAGCUUAUGCACAGGAAAAGGCUUAUAGACUAGUGGUUGUAUUGAGCUUUUAAUCUUAAACCUGGUUUAAUUAAACAUACAUUAGUAUAGAAUGAUCUACUGAAGCAUUGUUUUAAGUAAACAUUGUUGGCAUUUGGCGUCAUCUUUGAAACUGCUGUUUGUGAGGUAUGCACAGGUCCCAGUGUCUCGUGACUUUAAAAAAUUGGAAGGAAUGUGAAAUGAAUCUGUACAUAAUGUGUAUUUAUAUUUUUAAUUGAAAUGAGUUUGCUGUCCAAUAAAUAAUUUGAACAUCC